AUACUGCUCGAAGAUGGAGCAAAGCCAUCAAGAGAAGCACAACGUCGCUUGAAUCCUCCCAUGAUGGAGGUUAUAACCAAAUUGUGAUUGCUCUGGAGGACCAAGAGAAAAUAACAUUCACUUGUCCAUUUGACACCUUUUCUUAUCGGCGCAUGCCCUUCAACCUUGGCAACGCUCCCGUAACUUUUCAAAGAUGCAUGAUAAGUAUAUUCUCCGAUUAUAUUGAAAGCAUUUUUGAGGUCUUUAUGGAUGAUUUUAGUGUUUAUGGACCACUAUGCAAGUUGUUGCAAAGGGAGGUGUCAUUUCACUUUGAUAAAGAUUAUAAAAAGGCAUUCGAAAGCUUGAAAGAACUUUUAACAUCGGCACCCAUCAUUCAACCACCAAAUUGGAACAGGCCAUUUGAGUUGAUGUGUGAUGCAAGCGACUUUGCAUUGGGAGCCAUUUUAGGGCAACGAGUUGGAAAGACACCUCAUGCUAUAUAUUAUGCAUCAAGAACUUUGAAUGAUGCCCAACUUAAUUACUCUACUACUGAAAAAGAGCUUUUAGCAGUUAUUUUUGCCUUAGAGAAAUUUCGUUCAUAUCUUAUUGGCACUAAAGUAACUGUCUUUUCUGAUCAUGCAGCUCUUAAGUAUUUGCUUGCUAAGAAAGAGGUAAAAUCAAGGCUCAUUAGAUGGAUACUCCUCUUACAAGAAUUUGACCUUGAGAUUAAAGACAAAAAGGGGAGUGACAAUUAUGUGGCUGACCACCUCAGUCGCCUUAUCCAUGAGAGAGAAACUCUUCCAUUGCAAGAAAGCUUCCCCGAUGAACAAUUGCUUCUCGUCACGGACACAUCUCCCUGGUUUGCAGAUAUAGUGAACUAUUUAGUCACUAAGAAAAUUUCAAGUGACUUGACCACCGCUCGAAGGCAAAAACUCAAGGCGAUGGCCAAAUUUUUUGUGUGGGAUGAGUCGUACUUGUGGAAACACUGUUCGGAUCAAUUGAUAAGAAGAUACAACAUCACCCAUAAAGUGGCUACACCUUACCAUCAGCAAACUAGUGGGACGGCAUACAAAACACCGAUUGGCAUGUCCCCUUAUCGGUUAAUUUAUGGUAAGCCUUGUCAUCUCCCGGUUGAGCUCGAACACAAGGCAUUUUGGGCAGUCAAGCAAUGUAACAUGAAUCUAGGUGCAGCGGGUUAUCAAAGAAAGCUUCAACUCAAUGAACUUGAGGAAAUUCGAAAUGACGCCUAUGAAAGUUCAAGAAUUUAUAAGGAAAAAAUUAAGGUGUACCAUGAUAAAAUGAUUUCAAGAAAGGCUUUUUUUGUUGGACAAAAAGUUUUUCUUUUCCACUUGUGCCUCAAGUUAUUUCUAGGUAAAUUACAUUCUCGAUAUAUUGGUCCUUUUGUUGUUACUAAUGUCUUUCCUUAUGGUGCAGUAGAAAUCAAAAGCCUUCAGACUGAGAAAGAGUUUAAGGAAAAAGUUGCCUACCUUAAGGAGUGUGAGUCAGCAUUGAGUAAUCUGGCCCUAUACAUCACUAAUGUGUAG